GUUCUGCCCAAUGCUUAUUACUCUUAUUACUGUCCACUGAAGUAAGCAGCUUCACCAUUCUUUCAUCAGAGUUAUUUUUCAGCCCUUUUGAACAGAAAUUGGCUCAGUAAUUUGCACAUUCUAUUUGUAAGUCUCUCUUUUUUCCAUCCUUCAGGACAAGAGAAGACUGAAGGAACAAGGGAAAACAGAAGUGAGAGAGAGCAAGAGAGAAGAAGAGAGGGUGUUCAGGAAGUGCAGAAGAGUGGGCUGAAGAUGUUUGGGUGUUUGAGUGGGGCAAAGGUUCGGUGCUGGCUCACCCUGGCCUCUGGCCUGCUGGAGUGUCUGUGUUUCGCUGGGGCUGUUUUUGGGUGGGCCUCCCUCGUGUUCGUCCUGAAGGCUGAGGGGUACUUCAGCAACCUAUGUGUGAAUGUCACGGGACCCAACAGCACAUACUACACUGACUGCAGCGGUCAGGAUGAGCGGUUCUCCCUAGUUUUCACCAUUGCCUCCUUCAUGAAUAACUUCCUGACUCUUCCCAAUGGAUUCCUCUUCGAUCGCUUUGGCACCAUGGCCGCCAGGAUUCUGGGAAUAUCACUGUAUACCACUGGCACCUUGCUGAUUGCCUUUUCACACCCAGAAAUAUCCCUCCUGCUCUUCCCGGCUCUGUCCUUCAUCGCUGUGGGGGGCAUUUUGUUACUGGUCACCAACAUGCAGGUGGGGAAUCUCUUCGGCACACACCGUUCCACCAUUAUUACCCUCUACAACGGAGCCUUCGACUCUUCCUCCAUCAUCUUCCUUAUUGUCAAGGUGCUGUCGGAGGGAGGGAUCUCUCUCCACAACUCUUUCUUCUUCCUCUCAGCCUGCAGUGUGAUCCAUGUGAUGAGAACCUUCAUCCUCAUGCCCAAGAAGCACAUCCCCUACCCACUCCCCGAGGGGUACACAUACGGGUGGAACUGUGGGAAGGGCAGGCCUCAUACUGUGGAGCAGACCAGGAAAGAAGAAGACAAAGGACCACUGCGAGGAGAGGGAGGGGCAGAGACUAUGACUUCCCAACAGAUAAGCAAGGAGCAGGCUCCACAGAGAGUUACUUUCAGACAAAGUGUGCUCUCCUGGUUCUUCCUGUGGCACCUGGUGUGGCUGUCAGUCAUGCAGUUGAGGCACUACCUGUUCAUUGGGACCUUGAACCCCAUGCUGAACCGUCUGACUGCAGGAGACCCUGUCCUGGUGAGCCGCUACACCAAUGCCUUCGCAAUCACUCAGUUGUGUGGGGUCCUGUGUGCUCCAUGGAAUGGUCUGAUAAUGGACAGGCACAAGGGCAAGAAACAUGCUCCAGGGGAGACAGAAGAGGAGGCGGACCUGUGCUCCGCGGUGCUCUCCCUCUUCCUCACUGCGCUGCAGUGCCUCCUGUUCUCAAUCUGCGCCACCACACCUGUGCUCCCGCUACAGUACCUGUCCUUUGCCCUGCAGGUGCUCAAUCGUUCUUUCCUGUAUGGAGGAAACGCUGCCUUCAUCAGCAUUGCGUUUCCAGCCAGUCACUUUGGGAAGCUGUAUGGGCUGAUGAUGGCUCUGUCGGCUGUGAUUUCACUCUUGCAGUACCCCUGUUUCUUUCUGGUGAAGGGAGUGUUCAAGGGAGACCCCUUAUAUAUAAAUGUGGCCCUGACCCUCCUCAGCCUUUGUGCCUUCAUCCACCCAUGUUACGUCUACAUACACUGCCGCAGGCUGGCCAAUCAGAGGAGGUCCUCCACCAAGCAGCUGGCCAAUGAGGGCAGCUCCUCUUCCAUCAAUGAGGCACCCCAGGAUGCAGUGGACACCACUUAGAAGCCUCCAAAAAGGGAAUGUCACAGAGCUUUGGGGGGGGGGUGGGAUUUAUGCUGCUGGGGACACAUCGCUGCUGUUUGUCAGGAUAUGAGCAUCAUCAGAAAUCCCCCCCCCCCCAUACUCUGUGUUCGCCUGUGGUGCAACUGUCCUUCACAGACUGUACACACAUACAUGUAUUACUGCCCAAAUACUGUACCCACAGGCAUGUAUUACUGCCAAAAUACUGUGCCCGCACGCUUGUUUUACCAUCCACAUACUGUACACACAGGUCUGUAUUACUGCCCAAAUACUGUACCCGCAGGCUUGUUUUGCCAUCCACAUACUGUACACACAGGUCUGUAUUACUGCCCAAAUACUGUACCCGCAGGCUUGUUUUACCAUCCACAUACUGUACACACAGGCCUGUAUUACUGCCCAAAUACUGUACCAGCAGGCUUGUUUUGCCAUCCACAUACUGUACACACAGGUCUGUAUUACUGCCCAAAUACUGUACCCGCAGGCUUGUUUUACCAUCCACAUACUGUACACACAGGCCUGUAUUACUGCCCAAAUACUGUACCAGCAGGCUUGUUUUACCAUCCACAUACUGUAUCCACAUUCCCACAGACCUGUUUUACAACCUCCGUAGGUCCGGUUUCAUAUUCCAGAGUUCAUUUAAAAAAAAAAAAAAUUUUUAUCAGCCUUACGAUUGUUUUUAAUAUGAUUGACUUGUGACUGUUUUAAUAUGAACUUGCUUGCCUUUGCUUUGCCAUUGAAUCUAAACCUGCCUAAAGAUUGGCUUCUCUCAGUCUUCGCACAAAUCACUUUGGUCUUGCCUUUCAUUGACAGAUUUAGGCAUUUUGUUAUGAGUCAGAGUUCACACACAACUGACGGAUGUAAACUGGCUCAUAUUGCGGUAGAGAGUUUAAGGCCUAACUGGUUUGACCGAGGACUGAACUGAGGCUACGAACCAAGGGAAAACCACUCUGUCGCACACGCUGGUGAAACCCACACGAUGACUUGGAGACAUACAGUAAGGGAAGAUAAGAGCAAUGCUGUUCAUAUACGAGGCCCCUCACUCAGUCUAUAUUCAUAUACGAGGCCACUCAGCUACACAAAGGAAAGGACUUCAACCAUCAGCUCCUUUGUAUCUGAGCUAACAGCUACAGUAUGUCUGCAGCAAGAAACUGUAAAACAUAUAUAUUUUAUGAGCACAUAAAGCAGUAUUCCACAUUUCCGGAAGCCAGUGUUGCAGCCUUCCAUGGCUCACUGAUUGUUACACUAAAGAAAAACAUCAAAAUGACCAAUAACCACAAUUAUGCCUCUAGAGUAGCUAAGACUAAAUGCGCAUACACAAACAACAUAAUAUAAUGACGAGAAUUGGCCAUUCAGCCCUGCAAUGCUUGCUUUUUCCAAUGAAUAAGUGUAGCCACUGCUUAGUGUGCCUAAAAGCGAAAUAGUAUCCAGCACCAUAUCAGUGCCUGGUCAAGAAAACCGCCAGUGUUUCUGCCUUCACAACAUGUCCUGGAAUUAGGGGUGAGCGAGUGCUGCAUGUCCCUGUAGGAGAACCCUUUUUGGUCCCUGGUCACCUGGAAGCCUUACAGAAGGUUCUACCUAGAACCUUCUGGGAAGGUUCCACCCAGAAACCUCUAUGAGUGGAGGCUCCUAGUGGGAGUAGCCAGAGUACAGACUCAUUAUAACGGUGUAAGCCAUGGAAUGGAAUGGCAUUAAAACAGAAAAAACCUACUAAAGGCAACCCACUCCGUUGUGUCUUGGACACUGUAAACAUGAAGGUGCUCCUCAAAAUGUGUAGAUAUAUACACAUGUGUAGAUAUAUGUCCACAAACCAGCUACAAGAUGGAGGACUUGUACAAAAAUUGGGACCUUCUCUCCAUGGACUACAUCAAGGACAAACAAUCUCUAACUUUGUAUGUGGUACUGUCAAUUACAAUCGUGUUAGUCUUGCAGACCGUUUCAUUUGGGAUGUCCUCAGAUGUGAUCACUUUUUUCAGUUUUUGCAGUCUGGAAAAAUGCGCCUGGUGCCGCAUCAGUGGUCAUGCUAUUCUGAAUAUCCCAAUACUUUUUAUUACUGUAAGAGAAACAUUCUGGAAUGCAACAGAUGAUAGCCUCUUGAAAUGUUUGGCCUCAAACUAAAUGCACCAAUAUAAUCUGAGAGGCCAAAAUUCACUCAUUCUACUUCUAAUUCACUAAUUCUUCCAUUGCUAAAACAAGUGGAGAAUUCAGCUAGAGAGUGAACAGAAAGAUGUCUGAUACAAUACAUACAAGCGUCCCUUUGAUUAUGUGCUGUUCACUGUCAACAUUGAUGGCCACCCAGUCAACUUGAAGUUUUAACAAGUCAUAUGAAUUGUCUGAGAACAAGCUCAUAUCCAUAUUUCUGCACAAACUUAUGUCUUACAAUGAUAGCAACAUGGAUGUUCUGUAGUUGUGAUCUUUACUUUGGGGGUAGCAAUAACAAAAUAAAAACUCAAUAUUUUGUGUUUAAAUUUCGAUCACAAGCAGUUCAAAACCUGAAAUUCAUCGGUAUACAAUUGUAUUUGCAAUAGUUUUUCUGAGAAACUGGUGAUUCUUAAAAAUGGAUCCAUCAUGAAAGUAGCUUAGAAUGCCUCCUGUAGAUACCCUAGUGUCCCCUAAAACAUGAUUCCUAGUGUAAAUUCUGGGAAGAAUGGUGUGCAGAACUUUCAAGAUUGGAAUAUCUUGGAAGGAUUCCUUCUUGCCACGUGAAUCAUGUCCAAGUAGAUACUCAGUUAGUUCUACAAGGCCUAAUUCAUUGAUGCAACACUUAGAACUUAAAUCCACUACUAAUAUCCUCAAACAUGUCACAUAUUUUCCAGUUUUGUUCCAGUUCUGUCUUUUCCUGCAGACAGAUUUUUAGCAGAUCUUGAUAUUUCUCAUUGAAAUUAUGAAAAAGUUCCCCCAACAUCUUUUGCAGCACUUGUUUGAAGAGUGACCUUCCUGAAGCUUGAGAAAAACAAAUAAUCACUAUUGAUGUGUGAUGACCUGAAUGUUGCUCUUAGAAACACUGUUGGGGAGGGUAAUUAGUCUAGUAGUUAAGACAUACGUCUCUAAGCCUGCAUGCUUUUCUAAGUGGUGCGGUUAUAGUUUCAAAUCCUAUAUGUGCUAAGUAGUUCUGGUUCCUCUGCCAUGGUACUUUAUCACAGGUGAAAUCGUGUCUUACAAAUCAUUGGUAGAAUAUAAUCCCAUGCAACACAUUCAGCCAUUUACUGAGACAUGGGUUAGCCUAGUCCUAGACUAAAAUAAAAAUUCAGUUCUCUGGCACCAACAAUCAUUUCACGGUUAGAAUAACUUAGAUCACAUUUCUUCCCCAUUCUGAGAUUUGGUCUGAAAAACAGCUGAACCUCUUGAACAUGUAUUCAUGCUUUUAUGCAUUGAGUUGCUACCACAUGAUUGGCUGAUUAAAUAUUUGCAUUAACAAGCUGGUGUACAGGUCUACCUAAUAAGUGUAAGUGUUAAUUGAGUGUAUAUGACGGAAAACCACAGUGGAGAUGGAAAACUUUAAUCCAAUAAAAGAAAUAAGGAGCUGAA